UACUGUAGCUGAAGGAGGCAGCAAGAUGCAGUGGAAAAAAAUCUUAAUUAACAUCAAAUAGAAAGUGCGUGAGAGAAAGAGGUAACAUGCUCCACAUACAGCAGGACAACAUGUCUGUGGCAGGAAAUGCACUUUGAAUAUAUAUUCUGUGAUAACCAAUCAGAAGCAUCAGAUGGUCUGAGCCCCUUCAACACGUCACCACCUUCACACUCUUAAAUACAAACACGCUUCCUCAUAAAGUCAGUGUGUCAAGAUGAUCGUGUUCUGCGUUACACUGCUUCUCCUUCAUCAAGGAUAUGCUCUGGUUCCAGUGACCACAGUUCAGCUUGGUGAAUCUGUGACCUUCACAUGUGUUCUGCCUUUCGAUGAGCUGAGCAGUAAACCUCUUUACUGGUACAAGCAGAGUGUCGGAGAUGAUCUGAAAUUAAUUGUAACAUUUAGGAAACAUAUAAACCCUGUGUUCGGACCAGAGUUUUCUGACUCUAGACUGGAUCUGAAAGUUGAGAAGAAUAUUAGUAAACUGACCAUUUUGAGAACAACUGAAGAAGACGAGGGAAUGUAUCACUGUGCAGUCAUAGAGUGGACUGAGAUUUUUUGGAGUGGAACCUAUUUGUCAUUAAAAGGAAACAGUCAGAGGACAUGGAACUACACUGUUGUUCAGCAGCCGACAGCCUCUGAUCCAGUCCGUCCAGGAGACUUGAAGACUCUCCAGUGUUCAGUCCUCUCUGACUCUGAGACUAAAACAUGUCCAGGAGAUCACAGUGUGUUCUGGUUCAGAGUCGGAUCAGAUAAAUCUCAUCCGAACAUCCUCUACACUGAUGGAAACAGACGUGAUGAAUGUGAAGACAGAUCUGACACUCAGAAAAGCUGCGUUCAUCACUUCUCUAAGAAGGUCAGCUCCUCUGAUGCUGGAACUUACUACUGUGCUGUGGCCACAUGUGGAGAGAUACUGUUUGGAAAUGGACCUAAAGUGGAAACUGAGCGAAGAAUGAGUCCUGAGUUAAUUGCUCUGGUGAUGGCAAUAAUCUGCUUGGUCAUUUCUCUGAUUGGAAAUAUUGUUUUCAUCUGUCGCCGAACUUCAAGAUCAAUAUGUGAACAAAGUAAAGCAUCAGGAAUAGAAGGCAUACCUUCACAAGCAAGAAAUGACAAUUCGAACCAACCAGUACAUGAUGUUAUGGAAGGUGGAGAUGAUCUGAACUAUGCUGCUUUGCGCAUAACUGGACGGAAAGCUACAAGAGGACGUACGAAGAAACAAUUGAAGACUGAAGAAAGUGUGUAUUCUCAAGUUAGAAGCUGAAUGUGAAAGUGUGUCCAUGAAAUCAUGUAAAUAGUUGGUUUACAGUACUGGCUGAUUGACAGUGUAAAUAAAUAACAUUGUGGAUUCCCUUCAAAUUAUAAUGUGAAUGAAGUGUUUCAUGAUAAAAGCCACAAUCGUCCUGCAGCACAUGCUCUUUGUAUUUUCAUGCUUGUAUAUCAAUCGUUGCAUUAUAUUAUGUGUUUACUUGCCGUAGCUGA